AUGGGCGAGUUUGCAUUCAUGGCGGAUUGGGAUCUAGACGCCGUGGUCAGAGGCGGCAGCAGCUGCAGCCAUAUAAUAAACGCCCCCGCCGCAGCAGAUCAGAUUCAGCCUUCUUCCUUCAAUUUCGACUUCGACAGCUUCCACGACGAACCAUUUCUUUUUGCUUCUUCUUCUUCUUCGAUGGAACAAGUGAUUAUUGAUGAUGAUUAUACCGAUUUGGAUGGGUUGCUGGAAGGCCUUUACCAGCCUUUUUGUAACCAACCGUUGAGUAUCCUCGCCACCACCAACGCCGCCAUGGUUGCUCCUCCUCCACCAGCCUCCGCCGCCGCAGCCAUCUGCAGACCAGAACAGCCGUCGGCAAAGCUUCCAGCUGUAGUUUCGGAUCUGUCGUCUGCUUCUUCUUCUUCUACUACGGCCGCUCAAAGUAGCUCCGCAGCCAAAUUGCGGAAAAGGAGGAAUCAGCAGAAGAGAGUUGUUCAACAAGUGAGGGAAGAAGGGAUAUCGUCGGACAAAUGGGCUUGGCGUAAAUACGGGCAGAAACCCAUCAAAGGAUCGCCUUACCCUAGGAGUUACUACAGGUGCAGCAGCUUGAAAGGCUGCCCGGCGAGGAAACAAGUGGAGAGAAGCACCGCCGACCCUUCGAUCUUCAUCAUAACAUACACGUCGGAGCACAGCCACGCGCAUCCCACGCGCAGGAACUCACUCGCCGGCAGCACCCGGGUGAAGAAUUCCAUCUCCGUCGUCGCUAAUGGUGAGGGAGCUUCUGCCACGGCCUCUGUCAAAGGCGACGAGCACUACUCUCCUUCCGUAGCUGAAGACGAGCUGAUGAUGGUGAAGGAGGAAGAUGAAGGUGGAGUGUUCUUCCCAGAUGUGUAUCAGAGUAGCAGCAACGAUGAAUUCGUGGGAUCCGGCGAUUUAAGUUUUAGCGACGCAUUGUAUCCCGGCGGUGAGGGUUUGGAUGUAGACGGGAUGUUUCUGAAUCCAUGGUAAUUAACGAAAACCGUUACUUUUCUUUGUUUGUAUCUCAUUAAUUAAUUAAUCCAUUUUUGCUGUCUGUCAUAAUUUCAAGGCUUUGUAUAGUUGAAGAUCCCCAUUCCAAUUAAGUGUGCCAAGAUGCAUGCCCACACAUAUAAGUUAGGCCAUAUGUUGUAUGUAGUUUUCAGGAGUAAAGAGUUAAUGUAGAUCUAUAUAUGAAUUAGCGUU